AUGACCGGAGACCAAGCAAACCCAUUUCCAUAUAACAUCCCAUCAUCUGAAGACUACGGUGCACUCUCUGCAGCAACACAGGCCCAACAAAUGCAGGUUAUGCCCGUCACGUUCGAAGACAUUCCCACGUGGCGAAUCCCCAUAAGCACCUUCUGCCCUGACCAAAAUAUCCCACCAAAAUCCGAGCUGCAGGCAACUACGAUGAAAAACCUCUUCCUGGACCACGCAACUACAAAGCAUACAAACUCGAUCCAUAUAUACACUGACGGCUCAAAAUCGGACGACGCAGUGGGGUGUGCGGCUACGACCGACACAACAAUAAUAUCAAGACGACUGAGCCCCAACGCUUCAAUUAAUACGGCGGAAUUGUCUGGCGUCCUCUGUGCCCUGGUCCUUAUAGAUGACCACCCCGAACGUAACUUUACAAUAUUUAUAGACUCCAAAAGUGUAGUGCAGGCCCUGAGAACCUACAACAGCAAACAUACUAUCAUCUUUGAAAUCCUGGCCUGGCUUUUGCGCCUGGUGGAGGCGGGAAAAACUAUAAGCAUCUGCUGGGUCCCGGGACACGUGGGGGUGCGGGGAAACGACAGGGCGGAUGAGGCGGCGGUGGGCGCCUCUUCGUCGGACGCGACCAUUUAUAGGGAGGACGUCCCAUGUCACGACCACUACCCCCGCAUCAGGACCAGCGUUUACCAUAUGUGGCGCUAG